AUGUUCGCCCUAAUGCUGGGCCGCACCAUGGAGGCCUACAUCGACGAUAUGGUGGUGAAAAGUAAGGAGAAAGCUCAGCACCUCUCCGACCUAGCAGAGAUGUUUGCUAUACUUAAACGCCACAAGCUUCGUUUGAAUUCCAAAUGCGCCUUUAGAGUCGGCACCGGGAAGUUUUUGGGUUUUCUGGUCACAAAUCGAGGGAUUGAAGCUGACCCAUCACAGAUCAAGGCUAUACAAGACCUGGAGCGUCCUAACUCCACGAAGGACGCCGUGGAAUUAGGGCAAUAUGACAUCAAGUUCCGACCGCGCACCGCAAUCAAUUCUCAAGCACUUGCUGACUUUGUGGCGGAAUUUGCCCCUGGGAUGCAUCCAGUCUGCCCAAUUGAUUUGGUCGGUGCGGAUGUAAUACAACCCAUGGUUCUGGCAACAAAAACAAGUGUUGGUGCGCAAGAGGAGGAAGGGCAAAGAGCGACCGAACCAGUGAAGGCGAAUGACUCGAUAAAGGAGGAAGUCAACCAUGACGAGGAAAGAGACCAGAAUGAGCCAACCAGAGACUUGGAUUUGAGUAGUUCCCAAAACCCUUCUGAUUGCUGGAAGCUGUUUGUCAGCGAGAUGUGGAAACUCUUCGUCGAUGGGGAAUCCAACAGACAUGGGGCCGGGCUGGGUAUCGUGCUGACUUCACCGGACGGAAUGAUCAUUGAACAAGCAAUUACGCUUGGUUUCCCGGCAUCUAACAAUGAGGCGGAAUAUGAAGCCCUCCUUGCCGGGCUAAGAAGCGCACUAAGAAUGAAAGCGUCGGCCCUGAUGGUGUUCAACGAUUCCAAGCUGAUCAACCGCGAAGGAAACAGCACGGCUGAUGAGUUGGUCAGGCUCGCUUCUACUCAGACAUUUUUUCCCAACCCUUUGAUGAUAGAAUUUUUACCGCGGCCAAGUAUAGAAGAAUCAGAAGUGGCCGAGGUACUUUGCACCGACUUAGGCCCUUCUUGGAUGGAUCCUAUCAUCGCCUUCCUGAAAGAUGGAAUUCUACCAGAAGAAAAGAAGGCGGCACACAAGAUCCGGGCAAGGUCAGAGCAGUUUUGGCUCUCCCCGUCCAGGGCUUUGUACAAGAAAUCUUUCACCGGGCCGUUUUUGAAAUGUGUCCACCCCACCAAGGUGGAGGCUUUCCUCUAUGAGAUACACGACGGCAUCUGUGACAGCCAUACUAGGGGCAGAUCCUUGGCUUACCGAGCAAUUUCUCAGGGUUAUUAG